UUUGCUUUUUUUGCAGAGGUGUUCGUGUCCAACCUGAACGCGGCGUGCCUGCGCUGCCUCUGCUUCUCCAUCACGGGCUGCAACGCGACGGUGGGCUGCUCCAAGGGCUACUGCGGGCCCUUCUACAUCUCCCGGGUGUACUGGGCGGACGCGGGCAAGCCGGUGUUCCCCGAGGACGACCCCGAGCGGGCCGGAGCCUACCAGGACUGCGCCCGCGAGUACAACUGUGCCGCCAACAUCGUCACCAACUACAUGUCCAGAUUCGGGCGGGUGAGGGUGUGUUUUUCAGGCCAACAACAGUACGCUCCGCCCGUGAGCGAGAUCUGCCUGGGCUGCAUCUGCGAGGCCGUCUCCAACUGCAACCAGUCGCUGCGCUGCACUGGCGACGUGUGCGGCGUCUUCAGGAUCACCUGGCCCUACUGGGCGGACGCGGGCAAGCCCGUGCUCGCGCAGGACAAGCCCGAGGACGACGGAGCGUACGCCCGAUGUGCCAACGAGCCCUACUGCGCUGCCCGUGCCGUGCAAGGCUACAUGGCCAAAUACGCCCAGGACUGCACCGGCGACGGCGUCGUGGACUGCUACGACUACGCGGCCCUGCACCGCCUCGGCGGCUACGGCUGCCGCGGCAACCUGGACCAGGCGUUCCAGGACAAGUUCAGCCGCUGCAUGGUGCAGGUGGCGCAGCUCAACGGCGGACAGGUCAACUAGAGCCUCCUACUAGGGUUGCAAGCCCUGGAAAGUUCCCGGAAAAUUUCAGGAAAAUUUCUGAAAAAGACGGAAAAUUUCCGGGAAAAAUGAAAAAUUUCGCAGAUUUUGGAAAGUUUUUCGUGUAUUUUCGAAAAGUUUUCUGAAAUUUUCCGGAAAAUUCGGGAAAUUUUCAACCCUACCUCCUACGGACUGCGACGACGACCUGCCUCACCGCGGCCGUGUGUCCUCCGGACGGAGAUCCAGCGGCGAGCCCCCCUUCCCCCUCCCCUCCCCGCACCGGAAGCGGAAGUCGACUGAAUAGCAACGGAGACAACGAUUCCAGCCGACAAUGUGACUCAUCGGCUCGGCUUAAUCCCCCGUCAUGGGUUAUUUUCAAGUUUAUUGUGAUUUGUUUCGUGUCUUUCAUCAUUUUUCGCUGCUCAUCCUUGUGUUUUAAAAAUACGCCGUCUUCCUCGCAUCGCCGGCCGCCCCGCCACCGGAACUCGAAAAUAAAAGAAAAUAAUAAUAAAAAAGAAACAGGUGCGCAUGAAAACGACUAUGACUGACUAAAAGCAGUGAUUUCAGCGGAGCCGGCACCAGCGCCGCCAGUGUUCUUAAACGCACACUCACACCCAUACUGCCGUAGCUUGUAUAUUUUUGCAUAAGGAGCGAUGAAUAAAACGAGUUCCAGACCUUGAA